AUGCCGGAAGCGUCUGAAGCGGUGGACUCGAUUGUAGGCAUUGUGAAUUUCGGUCUGCGGCUCGCCACGACACUACAAACAUAUGUUGAGACGGCGCUUGAGGCUGAGGAAAGAAUGCGUGAUAUCACAUUCGACAUCAACUCAACUGCUUCUGCAUUGAAGCAGCUUCAGGACAUUAUUGAACAUGAUAAAGCAGACGACAACCUUGGUGAAUUCGGUACCAGAGUCUUCAAAGACGAAGGUCGUCGGGAAAUCGAGGCCAUCGCUCAUAAAUGUGGAAAGAUUUAUAGAACGGUGGUGCUUUUGGUGAACAAAGCUAGCACUUCGGGUUUCAAAAAAGUCAUACCAGUAGCUUCUUCUGAAAUUGUCCAUCUGAAAGUAUCGAGUCUGACUCGGAUGAAAUGGCCUUGGGUUGAGCCCCAUAUUAAAAGAUGCCAGGAACAACUGAGGUGGUUGAAAAUGAGUCUGCUCUUCAAUCUGCAACUUGCAAGUCUGGCAAGAUCACAACUGAGGUACGUCUUCUUGAUUAUUCGGUUUAUAUUCCUGACCUCUCUCAGUGCACGCGAUAAAAUGUCCAAAGAGGAUGAGCUUCAAAUGAAGAAGAUGGUUAUAUCGUUGAGGGAAAAGGAAAUCAAGACAGCAAAGUUAUUGAUCGGAAAGCCAGAAAAGUCUCAACCCAGCACAGUCUCAUCUGUUCCUUCUUCUGGUACCUCGCGAUCUUCAGCCCCUCCUUCGUCACAACCAGGGCUACACAAAAGCUUGACAAGCAAUUCCCUUGUGAAAGAUCGCUCUCUCCACGAUGAAUAUAGCUUGACUGAAACAGGUAACAUGAGGUAUGUUAGCAAAGCCACUCAGUAGUUCCUCUCUAACCCUUUCGGUAUGAAGGAGACCAAAUAUCAAGGUUAAAAGCACCCUCUAUCAGCCAAUUUCUGAUACGUUUUUCCAAUAUCCUGCCGAUCUAUCAAAGAUCGAACCGGAGCGUCCCAGGAUAAGUAAUGCGGUUUCAGUAGAUGGCAUUAUCAAGUCAGAAGAGCAGUUGAGCCAACAGCCAGAUUUCCCAUCUGUGGAUGAAGAAGCCAAUUUACCUUUACCGGACGCCUUAGGAUCGUGUCACCAGCUCCCCGCACCCGCCAGGGGGAGGAGUAUUGAUUCAAGUCAGCACAGUCGCUACUCUGCAAAAUCCAAGGCGCUCCGCCUCAAAAGGCUCCCUUCACAAUUCAGAAAUAUCUUCAGUCCGCGUAGGAAGAGUCAUGACUGGGAAAGCGAAUCAUUGGAAGCUUUCGCUCUUCUCAAUAACUCAACGAGCCUAAUUAAGGUUCAUUUCGGGGAUCGGGGACUGCGACAACUGAUGCAAACAUUAAACGUAUCACCGGAUACAUAUGCUUCUCUUGAUUCGCACCAAAUUGCACGUAUUGAUAGCGCUAUUCUCGACGUCAAGCUCUUAGACUCACGUGAAAAGAUGUGUUUAGGUGUUGGCGUAAAUCCCAAAGUUCGCCUCGAUGCCAUCUUUAUUUUCUUCUCAUUGGGUGACCACGUAGAACCAAUAUAUUUUACCGAUUUCUUGGGGCGGGAGCUCCUAUUUCCCCCUCAAUUCUUCCGGUCCUGGGAUGUAAGAUAUCUUUACUUGGACAAGUAUGAUAGUCAUACACUAACUAUGUACACAGAAAUCAAACCAGGAAUUUAUAAAAGUGUUCCAACAUAUGGGUGAAGUGGGACGUCAUGUUUCCGACGGUUUCUAUGAUAUCAUUGACGAGAAAGGGAAUAUUCUCACCCCAAACACAAUAAAAUCUCUGGUAGAACCAGGCUCUCGUCUCGGUAUGCGGAUGUGGGCCAAGCCAGAGAUGGACCUUCACCUCAUCGUCGCCGAGAAGGAAGCCAUAAAUAAAGCAAAAACUAUGGCUGAUAACCUCAUCGCCUGUGAAACAGAGACGGAGGGGUCCUACAACAGGCUGCGCCCAAAUGUCAGCGAAGCUGGGCAUGUGCCGGCAAUCAGAAAGAAAGUUUUCCAAAAAAUGAUCGGCCACCUCCACUCGGGUCGACAUGAUAACUCCGAAUCCAACUACGGACGAGCAGCUAAACCUCCCACGAUUGCUGGGGAGUCGGGUGGUGGUAAGAGACUGCUUCGAAAAAGCUACAAUGAAAACAGGGAGCCACAUGAGGAUGACGAUUUUGGUAACGCAAUGGAAAUGCAACAAGACCUUCCCCAUCCUUAUGUAUCUCCAAAUUCACUCAGGAAAACCCUCGCAACAAAAGCAUCUAUGAUCUCCAACGAUGAGCCUGCUAUGCCUGGAGAUGAAUUGAAUGGGGACUCCAAGCCGGUAAAGUUUUCAGCGCCAGAUGCGGAUACUAAUCUAGACCUUGAUUUUACUCAUAGCAUGGAAAAUCUGAAUAUAAGAGAGCUACUGGGGAGAUAUACAAACGCUAUCGAUACUGCAAUUGAAAUGAAGGAAGAUGGCGAGGUUCCCUCCUAUUGA